GGCCUGGUGUACAACAAGCGCUACACUGCGGCUCCCAGACUCAUGGCCGAGCUCACAGGAGCAGCUCGCCGACUUGUGGCGGGCAAGCCGGCGGAAGAGGUGGCGUUCGUUGGUGGUGUCAGAGUUCUUUUGGACUACCUGCGGCGCACGCUCGGCAAACCACAGGUGAAUGAAGUGACAGAUCUCUUGGGGAAGUACUUCAAAGGUACAAGGAGGAGAUCGGGGGAGUCCAUGAACGAAUACAUCACUCGGAAGAGUGAGGCCUUUUUACGAGUGAGUCAGGCACUCAAGAGAGUGCAGCCACACUACAAAGGGAUAGGGGGCAAUGCUGGAUACUACCAACGAGGCAAUGAUGGCCCAGAUGGCGGCACGACUACUUCGUGGACAACCUGGGGGCAAGGAGCCCCGUCGACGAGGAGCUGGACCAGCGGUUGGUCGCACAGUGAUUGGGGGUCCCAGAGAAGCUGGGACUGGUACGGCGGAGGAUGGUGGUCCAGCGGCCACUCCAACUAUGGAGCCGUGCCUUCCACCUGGAGCUCCUUGGAGGCUGUGGAAGAUGAGACUCUGUUGCCGGCUUUCAUCCAAGGAUGGUACUUGCUGGCCGACGCGGCGCUGGACAGCGCCGAACGGAAUAUCAUCGCGACAGCUCUCGGCGGCGACUACUCCCCGGCCAAGGUGGCGCAGGAACUGCGGAACCAGUUCCCCGAGACCGAGCUUCGCCGGAAAGAUCACGGACGACGCUCCCACGCUUUUGUGAGCACAGAGGACUACUACGAGACCUACGAGGCCGAGGACAUCGAGGCCAGAGCCGAGGACCUUACGGACGAGGGUGCGGCGUUGUUGGUGGAGGCCGAAGACGAGGCCCAGCAGGCCAUGGCGGUGCUUGGACAAGCACGCCGUACGCUCAAGGAAGCGCGGAUGCGCCAGCACAACGUGAAGAUGAAUCGGCAAUACUACCGAGGCAACAACAGCAGCGGUCCUCGUCCAGCCGGGGGCGGUCCCAGAUCCUCAUCGGCGACUACCAGCAGUAGCAGCGGAGGCGCUCCCAAUGAUGCUAACAUGAUCUGCCUGGGCUGCGGCGUCAAAGGGCAUCGAGUUGCGAACCGCCCCAACAAGAAGAGUGAGGCUAUGCAAGCCACCGAGGCUUCCGGAGGCGAGACGCAACACGCUCCCUUUGUGUGUUUUGCGGAGGACUGUGAGAGCGCUCUCACGGUGUUCCCUACUACCAGCCAGGCGGUCGAGGAGGGCUACGCGAUCAUCGAUGGCGGAGCCACCAAGACCCUAGGCAGUGUGCACGCGGUGGAGGCCUUGCUCCGGAAGAACCAAGAAUAUCAUGGCAAUCCACGCCUGGCGGAGAUCGACAAGAACAACCAGCCUCUGUUUGGCUUCGGGAAUAGCACAGAAGGCCGUUGCCUCAGUACCUGCAAGGUUGGGGUCCAGGCGGGUGGCCAAGCUGGCAAGGUGCAGAUUCACACCCUCAACGAAGGUGUGGGUCCCAUAUUGCUCAGCAUCGAUGCACUGCGGAGCCUGGGGGCAAUCGUCGACUUCCGCGAGGAUCUCCUCGUCCUGACCGCGAUCAACGACCGCAAGAUCAUACCACUUCGCCGGUCCUCCACAGCCCUUGGCGAGGAGAGUCCCGAGAACUGGAAUCGCAUGGAAAUCAAGCAGCGCAUCCAGGAGAUCACCGAGGAGAUGCCAGCCCUGGCCACAGCAGUGGCCCACAAGACGCCUUUGGAAACAAAGAUGGCGCAACUCAGCAAGAGCAGCCGCAAGAAGAGCACCCUGCGCGAGUACUUGGAGAACGAGCUGCACCUCGAAGUGUCGGACAUGGACACCAUUGCGGCCAUGCAACGCAAGGCCAGCAACAAGAUCCUCCAGGAGUGUCCUGUUCACGGGGCAGACGCGAUGGGGUUUGGGAAGUACUCCCAGCUCAGCUACCAGGAGACCUACCUCAAGGACACCGACUACUGCAAAUGGGCGCAGGCUACAGUGGCCGAGGGUCCCAGCAGCAUUCGCCUGGAGCGCUUCGUUCGUCGGUUGGCCAAGGCCGAGGAAGAUGGCGGCCCGAAACAUCCGAUGAACAGUUCCCCGAUGGUAGCACCACGGCCCAAGAGUCGCGGCUACAAGGCCCCGACAUCGGGCUCGGCAUCCAGCAGCGCGGCAUCGAAGGCACCUCCCAUGGCCGACCCACGCGACGAGUUGAUCAUGAAGAUGACGACGGCGCUCCAGGACCUCAAGGAGGAAGUGGAUCAGCUUCGCGCGGAGCGUCCCCGCAAGGUGACCUCGAAUGCCGACAAGUAG